UCUCUUACAGAAGUAUGGCAUGCUCUAGGUCAGACGUUGAGCGAUUAGAGCAGUCUAGGUCUAACCAUUUAGUCGUGGCUGCAAUCGACUUUGGAACAACGUAUACAGGAUUUGCUUACUCGUUUAAGAGUGAUUCGACAAAAAUAGUAACAAGUAGAUGGACAGGUGAAAAUGUGCGCACAGCUACAGAAAAAGCACCUACAUGUGUACUGCUUUCACCAGACAAGCGGUUCGUUGCUUUUGGAUAUGAAGCAGAAGAAAAGUAUAAAGAACUAUUGGAAGAAGAUGCGAAAAAUGCUGAUGGACAUUACUUUUUUGAGCGGUUCAAAAUGAAGCUUUAUGAAACAAAGAAUCUUAAAUUGGAUACACUCAUAACGGAUGCGGUAGGCAAAGAGCUGCCAGCUAUCGACGUUUUUGCAGUUGUCAUAACGCACAUAAAAGAAAAAGUUUAUAAGCAGUUAAAAAGUACUUAUUCCGGAUUUAACGAAGAUAGUGAUAUUCUUUGGGUGUUAACUGUCCCCGCAAUAUGGUCCGAGUCUGCAAAACAGUUCAUGAGAAAAGCAGCAAAUGAGGCCGGACUUAAGGCUGAGAACGUAAGACUAAUUUUGGAACCAGAGGCUGCAUCUCUUUAUUGCAAUGACAAACAUUUGUGCAAAGUAACACUAGCAAAUGGGGACAAUAUGGCAGAAAAAUUACCAGAAGGCACACAAUACAUAGUGGCUGAUUUAGGAGGUGGGACAGCUGAUAUUUCUGUUCAUGAAGUUUUAAAGAGCAGAAAUCUUAGAGAAAUCCAAAGAGCCAGAGGAGACGCUUUAGGUGGUAUGAUGGUUGAUCAGGAGUUUUUGAAGUUCCUGGAAGAGAUUUUCGGAACCGAUGUUUUUCGUCUGUUUUCAAACAAAUAUCGCCAUCAUUUAAUGGAUAUUCAGUUGAACUUUGAAACAAAGAAAAGGACACUAAACCUUAAAUCAUCUGAUGAUAUCAAAAUUAAACUUCCGAUUUCUCAAUUGAAUGGCGUGCUAUCGGAGCUGAAAGAGGAGAAUGUAAAAAAUAAGAUUAGAGAAUUCUCUAAGAAGGCUGGCUUUCAAUCACUCAAAUUGAUUACAGAUAAAUUAUGCUUUGAAAAAGUAAUUAUGGAAAUGUUCUUUGAAAACGCAAAAGAUGGCAUACUUAAGCUACUUGAUGAAGUGCUAGAAAAAGACAAGCUUACAGACAAGAUCAAUUUGCUAAUGGUAGGUGGGUUUUCAGAGUCUGUAUAUGUCCAAGAUGUCAUCAAGCAGAAAUUUCCGAAUUUAACAGUUCUCGUUCCACAAGAUCCAUCCCUUUCUGUACUGAAAGGAGCUGUUACUGUUGGACACAACCCAAAGACAAUCACCGAGCGAAUCGCAAGGUACACUUACGGAUUUUCAAUUUCAAGGCCGUUCAAUGAUGGAAGAGACCCACUGGAUUUAAAAGUACUUCGAAAUGGACAAAAGAUUUGCAAGAAUGUCUUUUUUAAGCUGAUAACAAAAGGUGGUGUUCUCAAGAUUGGAGACCAUUUUGACAUGCCAUAUAAUCACAAAUUGGAAAAUACUAACAUCCUUCGGGAGGCAAUGCGAAUGUUGCCUCUAUCUGCAUAUGUCUACAGAUCAGAAGAAAACGAUCCAAAAUACACUGAAGAAAAGUUUGGUUGCGAACUGGUUGGAAAAGUAACUAUUCCACCACCACCUUCUGGAUGGCCACAUAGUUCCUCUCUUGUGUAUGAGCUGGUAGUUGGUGAGGCAGAAUUUACAGUUCGUGCACUAAAUCUGAAAACGAACAUGAAAACUGAAGGGCAACUAGACUUUUUGGAAACAAAUCAGAGAGAAGUUUCCAAGUUUGCAGUGUCAAGUUGAUAAGGGAGUUUUUUGGUCAAGUGAGGAAAUUGUUCUGGUGUCAUAUCAAUUUGUAUGAAUAUUUCGAGUGUAAAUUAUAACAAUCAAUUAGUGUCUGCCUUACGAGUGAUAUUGUCAGUUAUUUGAAUCAUUGAACUUAAUGAGAAAGGAUAAUACUGUCUGUGAUUAUAGUUUUUGAUCACCGGUUAUAUUUAAGAAAUUAUCAAAAUACAGGCAAAAAUGUUUGCUGAACUUUAUAUUACUUUAGUAAUUUUAACCAUUGUAAUAUGAUAUUUUUCUAAAGGAUAUUUACUUAUGAAAAAAAUGUUGUCAAAUCACAUUAAAACUUCUAUAUAGUGAUUUGAUUGGCCGCAUUCCAAUCACAACCUUCAUGCAACCAUAGGAAACGACACGUGACUUUCAAAUGGAAGCCUAUCAUUCUACGAAAAAAUCAACUGUUUUACCCGCAAAUUGUCUUUUUUGUAAAAAAAAAACAAACGUAAUUUUGUCUAAUUUGGAAACCAAAUUUAUUCAUAAACUGAACACAAUUUCAAACAAAAGUUUUUAUUUGUUGUAAAUUGCAAGUAUCCUAGUUUCACAUCACUUAAAAUAACAACUUGCGCAGAUCUCAAAUAUCCAAAUAUUCACUAGAAAGUUUGUUUCCAAUACUCUUUCAGAUUAAUUUAUAAUUCGGAAGUUUAUACGUUUUAGAAAAUUCCUUUAUAUUAUUAUACUCAUUUCAGAAUGGCCAACGGGAUUCUCAGAUUUCAGUUUGCAAUUUUGAAAUGACAUAUGAAAGUCAUAUUUAUAUUUGUUUUUUUUUUCCUGCAAAUUUAAAUAAUUGUGAUGGCAAUGAUUUGCGUUGCGAAAUAUAGGAGGACCACUGCUUAUAAAUUUUAUUGCAUAAUGCAAAUGAAUACUUAUACAAAGAUUUUAGUUUGAGCUUUCUGUCAAAACCAAUUGACACUAGUGAAUUUUAAUUAUGAUAUGCCUCCUCAAUCCAUAGAAAUGCAAAGAAGUGUGAAUAAAACUGACUGUAGUUAAAUGUAAAAUAUAAUGGACUAAACAAUUCAAUCAUUAUACAACAUCAAGAUGACAUAAUGUCUCGGUCGAGUUGAUCUUACUUGGCUAUAUAUUGGCACUGGUCAUUGACAAAUGAAAAAGGUUAAGGAUAAAUUAUAAAAACUGCUCAAAAUAUAGGAAAAGAGUGUCUAACACGUUCAUAAAAACCUUGACGAUGUAUUCCGAAGAAUGUAGAAGUAAAAAAAAGCACAAAACAAUGAUGCUUCAUGCCAAUCAUCUAAGCUUUAACAUAAAAUUACAAUGGGAUAUCAUAGCAACGUACCAGCAGGCACUAGUACAUAUGGGCAAUGUACGUCUCUGUCGCCUGAAAGAAAACUAUCCUCAGCUUGUGAUACACAGAGGCAUAAUUCGUCAUGCGUGCAUGGCGGAGAGAGUUGUUAAUCCUAUGUAUCAGAACCCUUGCAACACUCCAUAUUUCCAGAUGGAGUAGAAAGACAGAAGAGAGCUGAGGUUGAAGUCAGAUGAACAGUGAGUAGUGAAUAAGCUGGAGGAGAGACGAAUGAGGGACAGCCGGAAGCGUCAAGAAAGGGCAUGGUAUGAAGUAUAAGAUCUACGGUACGCCAUGUCGAGUUGGACUACAUUGAUGAAUGACAUUGCUAAAUGUUUUGUUAUGCAUUUGCUGUGUUGUUGUUUGUCUUUCGGUUUAAUAUUGGUUCUUUCGAUUAAGAUUUACAUUUUCAUUGGUCGACUUGAUUUAAUUUAUUCAAUUAGUUUAGAAUUCGUCCUUAACUAUACUGUUUUUUUGUCUUGAUAACUGGCCGACAGGUCAGUUCGCUUUUAAGCAUAAGAGUUUUGACCACUUUCAAAACUUAUACAAUGACUGACACAAUUUUCAUUUAUAUGAUUUAUGAAUAGACUUAUUUCAUUUUUCUAAUCUAAACUGUAAUUGUUAUGAUACACCUUCAAUAAAAAGAAUUCUGAUAAUAAUUUUGUACAAUUAUAACAUAAAUAAAUCUUUGAU